AUGAGUUCUUGGAAGUUGGGACACAUAGGAAAUUACAGUCCUUUGGGGCGACUGAGGGAAGAUGUCCGACAACAGGGAUACCUCUAUAAGACGGGACCCAGUCACAAGAGUUUUGACAAGCGUUGGUGUGUCUUAGAGCAUGGAUCUCUCACCUACUACUUGACAGAAAAGAGUACGACGGGCAAGGGCAGCAUCAACCGGCAGUGUGUCCACGGCAUACAAGAAACUAGUGUGGAGAAACAACAAUAUGCAUUUGAAAUCAGCACCAACAAGGCCAGUAACCGGUUGUAUCUGUUUGCUGCUGAGAACGAAGGAGAGAAGAACAGGUGGAUGCAGUCUCUUUCUAAGCUAAUCUGCCCGGGCAGCAUAAUGAAGGAUGUUGCGAUGAUGGAAUUCUCUCUUGGAGGAAAUUAUUAUGUCAAAGACAAUUUUUCAGAGGACUGGCGGAAGUCAUGGCUCAUGCUGAGUUGGAAGUUGCUGUAUUACAUGGACCAGAAUCAGAAGCUGGAGACAGUGGACUUGACAAAAGCCAGCAGUAUUAAGUACCAGGAGAUGGACAGAGGAUGUAGAAUGUGUACUGAGACAGGUCAACAUUUUGUGAUACAUGCCCCAAACAAGGCCCUGUACAUUCAGGCGGAUCUAGUGCGGGACACGGAGAAACUAUUUGCAGCUUGUGAGAAGGCAAUGAAAGGGCGAAUGAGGGAAGAUGUCCGACAUCAGGGAUACCUCUAUAAGACGGGACCCAAGCACACAACUUUGGACAAGCGUUGGUGUGUGUUAGAGCAUGGGGCUCUCACCUACUACUUGACAGAACAGAGUACAACGGCCAAGGGCAGCAUCGACCAGCUAUGUAUCCACGGGAUACAAGAAACUAGUGUGGAGACACAACAAUAUGCAUUUGAAAUCAGCACCAACAAGGCCAGUAACCGGUUGUAUCUGUUUGCUGCUGAGAACGAAGGAGAGAAGAACAGGUGGAUGCAGUCUCUUUCUAAGCUAAUCUGCCCACUCAGCAUAAUGGAACACGUUGGGAUGAUGGAAUUCUCUCUUGGAGGAAACUAUUAUGUCAAAGAUAAUUUGUCAGAGGAUUGGCGGAAGUCAUGGCUCAUGCUGAGCUGGAGGUUGCUGUUCUAUAUGGACCAGGAUCAGAUGCUGGAGAUGGUGGACUUGAGAAAAGCGAUCAGUAUUAAGUACCAGGAGAUGGACAGAGGAUGUAGAAAGUGUACUGAGACAGGUCAACAUUUUGUGAUAAAUGCCACAAACAAGGCCCUGCACAUUCAGGCGGAUCUAGUGCGGGAUACGGAGAAACUAUUUGCAGCUUGUGAGAAGGCAGCGAAAGUGACUCACGUGGACCACUUUUCUGUGUGUUGGACUACUUUUUGUCUUGGUGGGCGAAUGAGGGAAGAUGUCCGACAUCAGGGAUACCUCUAUAAGACGGGACCCAAGCACACAAGUUUUGACAAGCGUUGGUGUGUGUUAGAGCAUGGAUCUCUCACCUACUACUUGACAGAAAAGAGUACAACGGCCAAGGGCAGCAUCGACCAGAAGUGUAUCCACGGCAUACUAGAAACUAGUGUGGAGAAACAACAAUAUGCAUUUGAAAUCAGCACCAACAAGGCCAGUAACCGGUUGUAUCUGUUUGCUGCUGAGAACGAAGGAGAGAAGAACAGGUGGAUGCAGUCUCUUUCUAAGCUAAUCUGCCCGGGCAGCAUAAUGAAGGAUGUUGGGGUGAUGGAAUUCUCACUUGGAGGAAACUAUUAUGUCAAAGACAAUUUUUCAGAGGACUGGCGGAAGUCAUGGCUCAUGCUGAGCUGGAGGUUGCUGUAUUACAUGGACCAGAAUCAGAAGCUGGAGACAGUGGACUUGAGAAAAGCCAGCAGUAUUAAGUACCAGGAGAUGGACAGAGGAUGUAGAAUGUGUACUGAGACAGGUCAACAUUUUGUGAUAAAUGCCACAAACAGGGCCCUGUACAUUCAGGCUGAUCUAGUGCGGGACACGGAGAAACUAUUUGCAGCUUGUGAGAAGGCAAUGAAGGAGAGUGGCAGGACGCUGCAGGAUCAGCAGCUGACGUCCGAUGAUGUUCCUGUCAUCGUCAACAGGUGUAUUGAUGCCAUCACUAUGUCAGGUCUGAAGUCGAAGGGGCAUCUACCGGGAAAGUGCAACAAACUCUCGGGUACAGCUACUGCUGGAGGAGCUGAGGAAAGAUGCAAGAGGUGUAAAGAUGGAAGACUUCACCUGCAAUGAAGUGGCAAAUGCCCUGAAGCGCUUCUUCCGAGAACUGGACGAGUCAAUCUUCGCCAGUGAUAGAAAGCAUUGGAUAGAAAUCGCAGCGGUUAGCGACCAGACACGCAAGUUGAACUGGUACCACUACCUGCUUGACAAACUGCCCAUGAUCAACUACAACACUCUCAAGAAACUUGUCAUGCAUCUAU